AUGUACAAGGCUCUACUAGCUUUGCUAAUACUAAGUCUUAUAUGCUGGAUAAUCCAGCUCCUACCGGUUAUCUCAGUCCCCGUCACGCCGCUUUCGAGCAAGAUCUACUUGUCACACUACGCAAACUACACUUUUGGAGUGUUUGGGAUCUGCGAUGAACGCAGCAACGGCUGCAGCGAGCCAAAAAUAGGGUACCCCUCAAUCAAUAGCAGCUCGUUCAACUUUGCCGAUGACUACGGCUAUGGCGGGGUUCUACUACCUUCGGAUGUCAAGUACACCAUUUCAAAACUACUAGUGGUGCACGUUGUUGCCUUUUGCUUUUCAAGCUUAUUCAUGGUUGUCAUAAUAUGGCUAUUUGGACUAGAAUCAAUCGACCGCUGGAACCGUCGACUGGCAGAGGACAAUCAGGCACGCGGAGCAAAAGACACAGCGGAAACUGGCGAUGCCGAGCCCAAUAACGAUGAUGAAUUUUCGUCAAAUGGCGUGAGUGAGAGCAGCAACGACAGCUUAAAGAUGGACCAACGAGACCUAACGUCGUACAUGAACAUGAUGUUGAUCUUGACCAUCUUUUCCGUGUUGACCACUCUCUUGGCGUUUCUCGCCGAUAUGCUCCUAUUCAUCCCCAACUUGAGCUAUCUCGGCUGGAUCCAGCUCAUACCGAUAGUUUCGAUGGCGUUGAUCACGUCGAUGCUAUGCUUUAUCAAGAGAUCGAUUUCAAGCAGGAAAUUCUUUGAAAACUACGAUACCCAGUACGAUAACGAAGAUAUGAAACUACUCCGCAAGCGAGCGAUGAACCAGACUUGGGAUGACAACUCGAGUGACGAUGGUUUCUUUGUUUACACGGAUGGGUUUUACACGAGAAACGAGGGCAAUGUCGGCCACGAGAGAAACUUGUCCACAACGUCCUCGAGCAUGGACAUGCGACGAGUCGUGCAAAGAGACGUUGACGACUACAACGACGAGGAAAAUUCUGCAAUUUCGGUGAAUUCGAGUAGAUCUUCAAUUGAAUUGGAGGAGCUUCGGCAGAGGUAG